AAUCGAGAAAACCAUGGAGCAAUGAAUGAGAAACAGACCCGAAUAAACAAACAAACUAAACUACUAAAAAAGAAAAAAUUAGGGUUUCGAAAAUCCCUCUCCCCGAGUCCCCUCUCUCUAUCUCCUCUGCCUGGUGGAUUUUCCUUCCCUCCAAACGCCAUUUCUUGUUUUUUUUCUUUUCCUUUUUCUUUUUUUUUUCCUUCUUAUUUCCGGUUUUCCGGGAAAGUGAGGGAAAAUCUUAAUCUUAUAUUUUUCCCGGAGGUUGGUGAUAUUAGAGAAAAGAAAGGAGAAAAAGGAAUUGUUUGAUGAGAAGUGAAUUUUCUCGGGAAAAUUCAGGUCGGUUUGUAGCUCUCGUUUUGGUUUCUCUACUCUACUUCUGGUUCAUCCGAAGAUGUUUUUGUAUGGUUGAUCUUUGAGGAAUAGAAGCAGGCUGUUGGUGUUAAAUGGAGGAGGGAAUUGUCAUUCUUAAUAUCUAAUUUUCCGGAGGGAGGAUUAAGGGGAUAAAAUAUAAGAAUUUUUCUUGUAAGAUUCUUUUUGGAUUGAUCUGGAAUUAUUUGAGAUUGGAUGAAACCUGGUUUAUGGAGUCCGAAACAUUUGCUCCAGCCAGAGAUUUGGUGAAGUGUUGUAAUUGUGGGUGUGAUUGUUCUUUAGUUACUGGUUCCUCUGGUUCUUGGAUUCGAUCUGUAAAACGAAAAUAUGAGGAAUUUGAGGAGGGCAAUAAAUUCUUCAUACCGGGUUUUGACUUGUUCUCAAACGCCAGAGUCCAGGUUGAGAAUGAGUGUCUUGCAUUGCGGGAGACUGUUAGUAGCCAACAGCAAGCUAUACAGGAUUUGCAUGCUGAACUGGAGGAAGAGAGAAAUGCCUCAUCAUCAGCAGCAAAUGAAGCCAUGUCUAUGAUAUUGAGGUUACAGAGGGAGAAGGCUGAAAUCCAAAUGGAGGCUCGACAAUUUAAGCGGUUUGCAGAAGAGAAAAUGGCACAUGACCAGCAGGAGCUUGGUGCUUUGGAAGAUUUGCUGUAUAAAAGAGAGCAGGCCAUCCAGUCUCUUACCUGUGAGGUGCAGGCUUACAAGCACAGGAUGCUGAGUUAUGGACUCACAGAGGCAGAGGCUGAUGGUGAGAAAGGUUGCUUUAGCAGGAACACGAGCAUGGUUGACAUUGAUGCACAAUUUGAUCUACCUGCAUUUGAUUACCCCCCCUUAAGAUGCAAUUUGAAUGAGAAUCCAGGUACUUUAGAAGGUGAUAUUGUUGUGGCUGACAUCGAGAAGUAUGAAGCCGGUGAGCCCCCUCAUUGCCGGGAGUUGAAGAACUUGGAGCACAGGAUCAGCCAGAUGGAAAGGAAUCCCAGUUACAAUCAAUUGGAUGGGGAUUUUUCUGGGGGGAAGAAUGUUUUGGAAAAGGUAAUAGUUGGUCAUUCUCCUAGAUGGCCUAGACACUAUAGGAAGCUUUCGACUGAUAGUUCAGGUUCAUUCAUGGGAAUGGCCAAAGAAUCAAAUCCAGAGUUUACUGUUGAGUCCCCCAAGUUUAAUGGUAGCUCCAGGAGGAUGGAACAUGUAUCACAAACAGAAGACACUUCCCAUUUGAAGAGGAUGGAUAAUGCAUCUGAAAUUGGAGAUGACACAAGUGAUAGGGUUUAUACCAUCGAUUCCGUAUAUAAUGGAGUAUCAUAUAAUGGGGUUACAGAAGGUAAAUCUGGAGUUGGUGUUGGUGAUGAUUAUGUGGUCACUCCUAGAGAUUCUUUAACUCGAGAGGCAGGAAGCUUCUUCUUCUGGGCCAUCUUCCUGUACGAAUAG